AUGGUUCCUAAGCCAAGUCCCAGUCAGGCCAUGCGUAUUGUUCGGACAGUCGGCCAGGCGUUCGAGGUUUGUCAUAAACUGAGUCUGCAUCACACACAGCUGAACGCAGACGGACAGGAGGACUGUCACAGUGAGAAGAACGGCAACGACUCCUCCAUCACAGCUCGGGAGAUAACGGCCGUGGAGGAGCCGGCAACCGUCGCCGAGGAGACAGAUAUCGAUGCAGAAGAGCCGGCACAGGUGCCGUCAGCGGAGGAGUUAAACCCCAAUAGAGGGGUGACUGAUUUAGACGCCACAGCCAAGACGCCUGACGUUAACCCAGUGGAGACGAAGUGGUUGCAGGCUUCAGAGGAGGCUUCUCUCCUGAUUGCCAGCCCCAGGAUGCUGCUCCCUGCAUCGGGCACACUGCCACCAGGUGGACCCCUGUCGACCCACCACCAGAUCCAGCUGCUCAACCAGCAGCUCCAGCAGCAAGAGCAGCAGACACAAGUCGCUGUGGCACAG